UGUACGUCUACGGACUAUACCGCACUGUCAAAUAUACGCCAGAAUUGUGCUAUAACAACUAUUGCUAAUUGUUUAUGCGUAAUGUCAACAAAAUGGACCAUGACUGCUACGUUAGCAUUUCAUAAUUGCGUAAAAGAUUAAUCUGUACAAGAACUGAUCAACUAAACCCACAGUGGGAGAGUAUUUCCCUUGGACAGACUAGAACAACAGCCAAUUAUAUACCAACAAUGUUACUUCACUUCUGACAAUGUUCGCUUAUGAAGAUCUUGCUUAUGAGUGUCCAUCUGUUGGAAGCAAUGCAUCUUUGCCUGGAAAUAUGAAUGCUAACUCUUCAAAUAUGGAAACAAUUUUACCCCACCAACUGAGUCCCUCUGAUGUUUCAAUGGAAGCUGAUGACCGACUUUUGAUGGAACGUUGGUAUGCCCAGCACUCCGAGAAUGUUGAUGCAAUGCAAGGCAGUGGUGAUAUGGCAGCUAGAAAAGGUCUGCCUGAAAGUCAGACAGACCAGUCUGGUCUGAUGUCUGACCCUGGUAGUGUUAAUCAACAAUGUAAAAUCUCUGUUUCCAAUGGAAACUCAUCAGUUCUAACGACACCAACAUUAUAUGCAAAUGAUAUUAUCAGUGAUAAAAGACACUGUUUGGAUUCUCAUAAUUGUGCCUUUUUGAAACCUGAUGUUAUGGAUGUCAAACCAGUUCUCUCCACAUCCCAAACGGACACUUACCAUGGUAAGGGACAGUGUUGGGAUUUUUGCAUCCCAAGACAGGGGGUUAGGCCAUCAGUUUUUAUUUUACCAGUUAAUGAUCCUCGUGUACGAAUGCUUGUAAUCAGCUGCGUUUCAAAGUCAAAUCCCUCACAAGACAUUUCUGAAAGAUUGAGCAAUGAAAUGCCUCCUUUGAUGUGUUCUGAAAGGGAAGAAGUUGUGGUGACAUCAGAGGAAGUGGAUUCAAAUCUGUCAGAAGAUUCUGGUGAAUCGUUUUCUGAUGAUUCUGGAGAGCUGUUAAUUGAAAGAAACAAAAGGAAAAUUCAGAGCUAUCAUUCAACUAUUCCGGCACCAAAGAGAGUUAGGGAUCAAGGUUUUUCCAGUGGCAUAGUUAACAUGAGAGAUGCUUCAGUAACAGGUCAGCCAGACAUUAUACCAGAUUUCAUGUUGGAUCACACCUAUCAUACCCAACUGGCCGCGGAUGCAACAGUAGCUGCUGCUCAAAAUUGCAACAUGUUCGUGGACAUGUCAGUCUUUGACAGCGAUGAAGAGCUGUCUGACAGCGAUGAAGAGUUGACUCCAGAUACAUGUAUGGAAAAAAAGACACACGCAAAUGAGAAUGCUGUAAAGAAAACUGUCCCCCAUUCUCGGAAACUAGCUAAGACUAAGUCUUAUUGGAUAUUGGAUGACCUAGUGGAUGACCUAGUGGAUGACCUAGUGGAUGACCUAGUGGAUGACCUAGUGAAAAAAGAAGUUGAGCAAGCGAAGAAAGCCAAGAAACCAAAAAAGGGCAAGACUGACAACAGUCUCGGAGAGAGAAACUCUGCCAACUUUAUGAACCUGGAACCUCCGGAUGAUGACAACAUGCUCUACUGUGGAGAAUGCAAGAAGGAGUUUGAAGGGGACUGCCCUGUCCAUGGACCGUACAACUACAUACAGGACAAAGAGGUGCCAGAAGGUGACCCCCAUAGAGCUGAUCAUACCUUGCCAGAUGACCUUGAAAUUAAAACCUCAAAGCUAUUUGGAGCUGGUCUUGGAGUAUUUUCCAAGGUGGGACUGGCGUCCAGAACCAUGUUUGGACCCUAUGGUGGCGAUAUCAUCACAGACAACCAUAAGUCAGGAUAUUGCUGGCAGAUCUAUAAGGAAGGCAAAGCGAGCCACUUUGUGGAUGCCCAGAACAAGGCCACCUCUAACUGGAUGAGAUACGUGAACUGUGCUAUGAUGGAGGCAGACCGGAACCUUAUAGCAUUCCAGUGCAAAGGAGGCAUCUAUUACUGCACAUUCAAGCCAGUUUCAGCAGGAGAGGAACUGCUUAUCUGGUACGGAGAUGAAUACUCCAGAGAACUUGGCUUUAUUCGAGACAAGUACUUGCUCUUCAGACAAAAAUAUGUAAAUGGAGAAGAAAUUUACCAAUGUGUAUACUGCACGACAGCAUUCACAACUGCAGUCCCCUGUGUGCGUCAUUUGAGGAAAAUGCAUGGUCGUGAUAUACUGACAUCCAAUGAUCUCCAAGUUCUGGAUCGGUGGCUUCAAAAAUAUGAUAAAACAUACCUUAAAAAGUAUAUAACACAGUUAAAUCACACAACCAAUUACAUAAACCUCAGCAGUAUGUCAAAUGUUGAACAUAAUAAAAAUGACAGUUCACAAAGUGUUUGUGAAAAGCAGUUAACAAGUGCAAUAUUACAGAAGAAGAGCAUAGAAAAUAUGGAUGAAAAGGAGAACAAGUGUAAGGAGUGUGCAUAUAUUAGUGAUAACAGUUGUGACUUGAAGAAACACAUGAGGAUGCAUGUACAUAGAGGAGAGAGACUGUACAAGUGUGAGGUGUGUGGGUAUGCAUGUAACUAUAGUUUUAACUUGAAGACACACAUGAGGAUACAUACAGGAGAGAGACAGUACAAGUGUGAGGUGUGUGGGUAUGCAUGUAACUAUAGUUGGAGCUUGAAGACACACAUGAGGAUACAUACAGGAGAGAGACAGUACAAGUGUGAGGUGUGUGGUUAUGCAUUUAACAAUAGUAAGAGCUUGAAGAGACACAUGAGGAUACAUUCCGGAGAAAGACCGUACACGUGUGAGGUGUGUGGUUAUUCAUUUAAUGUGAGAGGUGCCUUGAAGAGACACAUGAGAAUACAUAGUGGAGAGAGACCGUACAAGUGUGAGGUGUGUGGUAAUACAUUUAAGCGAAAUGAAGACUUGAAAAGACAUAUGAGGAUACAUUCAGGAGAGAGACCGUACAAGUGUGCGGUUUGUGGUGAAGCAUUCAAACAGAGUAGUCACUUGACACAUCACAUGAGCAUACAUACAGGAGAGGGACCCUACAAGGGUGAGGUGUGUGGUAAUACAUUUAACCGGAAUGAUGACUUGAAGACACACAUGAGGAUACAUUCAGGAGAAAAACCGUACAGGUGUGAGGUGUGUGGCUAUUUAUGUGACCAUAGUGGUAACUUGCUGAGACACAUGAGGAUACAUACUGGUGAAAGACCGUACAAGUGUGGGGUGUGUGGAAAUGCAUUUAAGGGUAAUGAAUUAUUGAAGAGACACAUGAGGAUACAUACAGGAGAGAGACCGUGCAAUUGUGAGGUUUGUGGUAAUGCAUUUAAGCACAAUGAUGACUUGAAGAAACACAUGAGGAUACAUAGAGGAGAGAGACCGUACAAGUGUGAGGUUUGUGAUUUUGCAUGUAUUGAGCGUGGUGCCUUGAAGACACACAUGAGGAUACAUACAGGAGAGAGACCCUACAUGUGUGAGGUGUGUGGGUAUGCAAGUAACCAGAGUAGUUACCUGAAGACACACAUGAGCAUACAUACAGGAGAGAGACCUUUCAUGUGUGAGGUGUGUGGUAAAGCAUUUAAAAUAGUUCGUCAAUUGAAUGCACACAUGAGGAUACAUACAGGAGAGAGACCGUACAAGUGUGAGGUGUGUGGUUAUACAUGUAUCCAUAGUCAUACCUUGAAGACACACAUGAGGAAACAUACAGGAGAGAGACCGUACAUGUGUGAGGUGUGUGGUUAUGCAAGUAAGCAGAGUCGUCACUUGAAGGCACAUAUGAUGAUACAUACAGGAAAGAGACCGUACAAGUGUGAGGUGUGUGGUUAUACAUGUAUCCAUAGUUAUACCUUGAAGACACACAUGAGGAAACAUACAUGAGAGAGACCGUACAUGUGUGAGGUGUGUGGUUAUGCAUGUAGCAUCAGUGACAGAUUGGUGAAGCACAUGAGAGGUAUGUGGUUUUGCAAGUAACAGAAGUGCUUACUUGAAAAAGCAUAUGAGGACACAACAUGCAAAAGAGGAAGUGGUCUCAAAAUAAUUAUACUGCCUGGCUUAUAUAAGUUAAUGUUUAAUAAUUUAGAUGGUAUUUCAAAAAUUUGUUAAUUUCAGAUUGCUAAAACAUUUUACUAGUUUAUUUUUUAUCAUGUCCUUUUAGAUCACCUGAGCACAAAGUGCUCAUGGUGAGCUUUUGUGAUCGCCUUUUGUCCGUUGUCCGUAGUGCGUUGUCUGUUGUGCGACAUCAAUAUUUGCCUUGUUCACUCUCUAGAGGCCACAUUGAUUUCCAAUCUUCAUGAAAUUUGGUCAGAAGAUUAGUUGCAAUGAUAUCUUGGAUGAGUUCGAAAAUGGUUACGUUUUCUUGAAAAACAUGGCUGCCGAGGGGCGGGGCAUUUUUCCUUAAAUGGCUAUAUAUGGCUAUAGCAAAAUCUUGUUAACACUAGAGGCCACAUUUAUUGUCCGAUCCUCAUGAAACUUGGUCAGAAGAUUUAUCCCAAUGAUAUCUUGGAUGAGGACGAAAAUGAUGUCGGUUGGUUGAAAAAAAUGGGGGCCAGGGGCGGGGCAUUUUUCCUUAUAUGGCUAUAGUAAAACCUUGUUAACACUCAAGAGGCCACAUUUAUUUUCCGAUCUUCAUGAAACUUGCUUGGAUGAUUUGUCCCAAUGAUAUCUUGGAUGAGUUCAAAAAUGGUAACCUUGGCUUGAAAAACAUGGCUGCCAAGGGGCGGGGCAUUUUUCCUUAUAUGGCUAUAUAUACAUGUAGCUAUAGUAAAAUCUUGUUAACUUUCUAGUUUGCUCAAUCUUCAUGAAACAUGGUCAGAACAUUUGUUUCCUGUGUAGUAAAGUUUGAUUUUAUUAUGUCAAUAUUAUGUGACAUUAACUGUAUUAUGUUAUUUUUCAUAACACAGAAUUUUCAUAGUUAAAAUAACUGUUUUAGUCAUCAACACCGAUCAUAAGCCUUUCAACUAAAAGAUAACUGAAAGAAGGCAAAAUGUACAUGAUUUUGCAGUAUUUAUGCAGUAUUAACUCCCUUGUUUACCCUGGUUCAGUAAUCUAUUUUUAGUUCUGCUCUGGAAUUUGUGACGAUAUUGAUCGUUGAUAAAUGCUCUGUUCUGAGGGAAAAUGGACUAAUCUGCCAUUGAUCUCUUCUGAACUGUAAAAAAUAAGCUGUUUUGGCUGAUUUAAACACCUCUUGAUGCUUUCUUGAAAAGUUAACAGCUCUUGAAAAAGGUUGAAAUUUUGAAAUAAUUAAACUCUAAAUUAUUUUUAACACCAACAUCAAGACAUUUUGGCAUUAUUUUCUAAAUUAUUCUUAUUAUUUAGAUUAUUUUUAUUUGGCAUUUUCUAAAUUAGAAAGACUCUACUCUAUUUCAAUAACUUUAGUAAAUUUUUCUUAUUUUUACAUUUGAUUCACUGAAGUUUCCUAAUCUCCAUAAAUAUUGUUCUUUAGAUUAAAUUAGACCUAUUCUGUUAACUAGAUUUUUGAAGUACUUUCUAGACUAACAGUAACUUAUAUUUAUAUCAGUUUUUUUGACAGAUUUUCUUUUUACAUUCAUUAAGGUUUUUGCUGUAUGUUGUUCAUUUUUGUAACGAUACUUAGAUUCUUUAGACUUGGCUUGUACCUGUUCUUAAUGUUGUGUCAUUGUUCUUCAUUUUCCGAGUUCUUGGAAUAAAAAUUAGUUAUUUUUGUUAAAGCUGCCUUGGUUUUCAGUUAUAAAUAAAUUCUUUGAGUGUAUUUAGGCGUCCCUGACUGAACGCCUUUAGUGAAUUGAAUUACAACCAGUCAGUAUAGUCAUCCUGACCGGAAAUAAGAGUUCGUCAAAUAAAUAUUUCUGCAUUACAUAAGUGCUCACAAAGUGACAUAACUUGUAACCGUCCUGUGACCGGAACAUUUGCGUAAGCGAAGGAGACCGCACUACCACACCUGGAUAGGACAGUUGAGUUCGAUAAUGGGUUUGGAUCGGUAAAAAACAUGGCUGCCUGGGGGGGGGGUCUUUUUCCUUAUAUUUAUAUAGUAAAAAAGCUUGUUAACACUAUAGAAGUCACAUGUUUUGCCUAAUCAUCAUGAAAUUUUGUCAAAACAUUAGUUAUGUGGAUGUCUCGGACUAGUUUGAAAUGGUCAUAAUCAGUGAAAAAACAUGGCCGCCAGGGAGUGGGGCAGUUUUCUUUAUAUGUAUAUAAUGACAACAUGUGAACAGUCAAGAAGACACAUUUUUUUCCCAAUCUUCAUGAAAUUUGGACAUAUCUUGGAAGAGUUAAAAAAUGGUUCAGGUCUGUUAAAAAAACAUGGCCGCCAAGGGGCCAUUUUGUUGUUCAUUCUUCAUGAUACUUUGUUAGAACAUUUGUUCCAUUGAUAUCUUGGGCUGCAAAGAACAGGUCAUUUCUUUUUAUCUCAGGUGAGCGACUUUGGGCCUUUCCGGCCCUCUUGUUUGAUAUUCCUUCAGACUCAACUAAUUACAUGUAGGUUAUAACGGUUAAGACGCCAUGAGAAAAAUGAAAUAAAAAAGUAUUAUUAAUGCAAUAUAAUGCAAGAAAAUAGUAUUUUAAAGUUGGUAAGAAUAAGAAGAUUAUAAUGUACAAUUAUUUCUAGGUAAUUAUGAAAGUUUUCUACUUAUAAUAAAAUUUCAAAAAGACACUUUUUUACUUUACAUAUUCGAGUGCUUUAUAGAGAAAUAAAAGUGAUUUAAAACUGAUAAUUCACUGUUUCAAACAGUGAAAAAUAAUUGUGAAAGUAUCUAUCAUUAAGUCUUUAUCGGAACUAUGUUUACAAAAAAUAUUCAUUUGUAAGCAUAACAUAAAAAGAAAAUGUUUUGGAUUUGGUGGAAUAUGAUUUUAAUUCACUCGUUAUUAUAGAAAAAAUCAAAUUUUCAUGAUCACUCGUGAGUUAAAAUUGAUAACUUACAAAUUCCAACAAAUAUCCUCUUUAUCAGUUUUUUCAAACUUGUUCCAAAAGUAGUAUACACUCAUCUGAAAUUAGUGAAGGACCAGUUUUGGAUUCUGCAAAUGUCUUCAACCAGUGAGACAAAUCUGUCAAACAAUUAAAAUGUCUGAUUAAAAUUUGGUUGCUGUAUAUUUAUAUGAAUUUUUGAAUAAAAGCCCUAAAAAAGA